AAAUUGAUCCAGGUAUUGGAGUUCGAAAAAAGUCGCAACAACCAUGUGUUCCAAGUCUGUACGAUUCCACGAAGUCGUGAAGUUGGUCAGAGCUUUCUGACUGCGGUUCCAACAACAUUGUAUGCUUUCGCUUUUGCUUUACACUUAAUCUGGAAGGCCAGACCAGAUCUCCUUUUGGUAAACGGUCCGGGUAGCUGUAUUCCUGUUGUCUUUGCUGCAGCUCUUCUUGAUAUGGUGCGUUUGCGCGAUACAGUCAUUAUCUACGAGGAAUCGCUAUGUCGUGUUGAAAGCCUAUCGCUGUCUGGCUCAAUUUUGUACUUUCUCGGCUUGGCAGAUGACAUAGUUGUGCAAUGGGAACAAUUAAAGGAGAAGUACCCUAGAACUACCCUGAUUAGUGAUUUGAAAUGA